UUGUCAAUUUGAAAGCGACGAGAGAAAUAGAAUCAUGAAAUUAGCUGUGAGCUGUGUUGUCUUGAGCGCCUUGUUGGGCUGCUCUUUGGCCAUGCCCGAGGGACGCGUUGCUGGCGGCGACGAUGCCGAGCUGGGUCAGCUGCCCUACCAGGGUGCACUCUCCAUUGGCGGCAGCUACAACUGCGGCGCUGCCAUCAUCGCCCCGCUCUUUGCCCUCACCGCCCUCACCUGCGUCUGCUCCGAAGGCAGCAACCGUCCAUGGCCACCACAGAUGUUCCAGGUGUCUGCCGGCACCAUAGACCUGUACCAAGGCGGCCAGCGCAUUGUCGUCGAGGAGAUCAUCCUGAACCCCAACUACAAUGAGCUGCAGGUCGGCAUGGCGCUGCUGCGUCUGCGCCAGCCGUUCGUCUUUAACGAUCAGGUCCAGGCCAUAGCCCUGGCCACCGUCAACCCACCCAUUGGCGCCGAGAUCGACAUCUCCGGCUGGGGACGCACCAAGGCAACCGAAACCGACAUGCACCGCACUCUCCAAAUCGGCAACGCCUAUGUUGAGCCGGAACGUGCCUGCCUGAACGCCGACAGCUCAAUCCAGAGCAACGACCAGGUCCUGUGUGUGGGACAUAGUCGCAAGCAGGGCAUUUGCAGAGGCGACAUGGGCGGCCCAGCGGUCUACAACAACGAGCUUGUCGGCUUGGGAGUCCAGCUCUUGGGCGAGUGCGGCGGCUCCUUGCCAGAGCGCUUCAUCAGCAUUGCUGCCAACUACGACUGGAUCCAAAGCCAAAUUGCCUAAAGUGUUUACUAACAACAUCCAAUAACCAAAAUAUAAACGAGUAUCAACCCAA